GGAAUAGCAUAAACACACAAAAAUGGCAAAGACCCUCAUCAACUCCAUCUGUCUGUCUGCUCUUUUGAUCGUCUUGUUGGUUUCGAAUGGGUUACCAAAAGCAAAGGGUCAAUGUUUUGCAGAUGAAGGUCCAGCGGAGGCCUGUACUCCUCUUGCAAUACUGAAUCAACAGUGUAACACUGAUUGCAAGGAUAUGGAUUCAACCUAUACUGGACAAUGUGACCUUGAAGCUUUAGAUGGUCAGCUUCACUGCCACUGCUACAAACCUUGUCCUCCUUAACCAUGCACUAAAUCAAAUAUGUAAAAGUAUACUUUUACUAUAUUUCUAUUUAUCUUUUGAUAUGAGGUGUGUAUGUGUGAUCUAUCUUUGAUUGUUGAUGAAGUUAUUCUGGUGUCAAUAAAUUUUGCAUCAGCACUGUUGUUGUAGCUGAUGACCAAAAAUGUAAUUUUUAUUAUG